UUGGUGGUUUGAACCGUGUUGCUAUGGCCACCAGUGGAGGGGCAAAUAUUUAACCAUGUGUGUAUACUGUAGUAGGGUUUUACAGGACUGGUGAAAGAUGGUUGGAUUUAGGCUUCUUUUGAGAAACGAGUGACACAGGCUACCCCACUUUCUUAGAUUUAGAAUCAGUGGGGACAAUUGCCCAGACUUCACUCUUCACAGCCUAACAGAACAAGAGAGAGAAGAGAAGAGAAGAGAAGAGAAGAGAAGAGAAGCAAGUUGACUUGUUCUAGGAUAUGCAAGCUCAGUAUUGUCUACACUGACUGGCAGCAGCGGUUCUCCAGGAUUUCAGAGAGGUUCUCUCCCAGCGAGGAUGCCUGAGAUUGUACGUGGAUCCUUCUGUAUGCAAAGCAGAUGCUCUGCCACUGAGGCACGCCUUCCGCAAAGUGCAGAGUACCCCUUCUUUUACACUGUUAUCAAAAAUCACAGUCUUUAGGCUGCGAGGAAAGGCUCCAGUUCCCGCAAGCGGCCCCAGGGGGGCGGUGUGUGGCGGGUAGUAGAGAAGGCGUGAAGGGUGUUGUCCCACAGGCAGGUUUUCUGUCGGAGGCAGUCCCGGGCCGGCGGUGCAGCAGAUGCUCAUGGACAUGGAGGGCUUGGGAGCGCGCAGCGUCUUGGUGACCGGAGCCAACCGUGGCAUCGGCCUGGAGAUGGUUCGCCAGCUCCUGGAUAUGCCCAGCCCGCCGCAGUGGCUCUUUGCCUGCAGCCGGUCUCCGGACGGGGAGCGCGGACAGGAACUGAGGAAAUUGGCUUCCAGUCAUCCAAACCUUGUGAUAGUGAAGUUGGAUGCUACAAAUCUUGCAAGCGUUACAGAAGCUGCAGCAUUUGUUGGGGACUACCUGAAAGACACAGGGCUGAAUGUGCUAAUAAACAAUGCUGGCAUUUUGAAAGGCAUGACGCUAGACACUGUGAGCGAGGAAGACAUGGAAGAUGUAUACAAGACCAAUGUGACUGGGCCAUUGCUAGUGAGCAAGGCUUUCCUGCCUCUAUUAAGGAAGGCAGCCCAAGGAAGUUCGCAGAAGGGGCUGAGCUGCAGCAAGGCAGCUAUUGUCAACAUCUCCUCUCUAUUAGGCUGUAUUGAGUUAGUCCCUGCAACCUAUUCUAAGCCUGUAAUUGCCUACCGCUGCAGCAAGGCUGCUCUCAACAUGCUGACAAUGUGCCAGUCUCUGACUUACAAAGAGGAUGGGAUUUUGUGUACAGCAGUUCACCCAGGGUGGGUGAAAACAGACAUGGGCACCCAGGAGGCUGUCAUGACUGUCGAUGAGAGCGUGCGAGGGAUUCUCCAGGUGCUUCCUAACCUCGCUGAUGAGCACAAUGGCACUUUAGUUAACUGGAAGGGCAAGAAACUACCUUGGUGAAUGUACUGAGUCUCUAGUAGAAACUGCUCUGCCCUCAUUAUGGUGAGUGGGAACUAGUGGGAACAUAGUUGUGCCUAUGUAUCUGCUAUGCUGAAUUGCUGAUAUUUGUUCACAAAUAAAUACAACUAUUGAAGUUAUCCUGACUUCUCCU